AUGUCCGACAAGCCUAUUUUUGUUGCUACUCAUCCUCGGGCAUGCUCGACGGCUUUUGAAAGGGUCUUUAUGACCCGUCGGGACUCUCUCCAAUGCAUCCACGAGCCAUUUGGAGACGCUUUUUACUUUGGCCCGGAGAGGCUAAGUGAAAGAUAUGAGGAUGACGAAGAGGCCCGAGUCGCCAGCGGCUUCAGCACGUCUACUUUCAAAACUAUCUUUGAUCGGAUUGAAAGGGAGUCCACUCAGGGUAAACGAGUUUUUAUCAAGGACAUCAUUCACUAUCUGGUUCCUCCCAACGGAAAACCAGCUAGCGUUGCUCCAUCUUUGUUCAAGGUGAAACGCGGCAUUGGCACCAACGAUGAUGUCAACGGCCAUGCCACAGCUAAUGGAGCAAAUGGCGUGGCCGCGAAUGGGGGAGCUUCAGUGAAAGCUCCCCCUUACCCUUAUGCGACAGAAGCCGAGCCCGAAAAUCCAACCGUGGUGCCUCUGGAGCUCCUGUCCAAGUUUCAUUUCACUUUCCUCAUCCGCGAUCCACACUACAGCAUACCGUCUUACUAUCGAUGCACAAUUCCGCCGCUGGACGAUGUGACUGGGUUCCAUGAAUUCUCCCCAUCCGAAGCGGGAUAUGACGAAGUGCGUCGGGUGUUUGAUUAUCUGCGAAAAGUCGGUCUUGUCGGACCACGAGUCGCAACCCCGGUAGCUACAGGCGAUGGAGGAGACAAAAGAGACGGGAUUGUGGAUCACCAGCACCGUCCUUCUAGUAAAAAGAAGGGUGUUGAAAUCUGCGUCGUAGAUGCAGACGACCUUCUAGACAACCCAUCCCUGAUGAUUGAGACAUAUUGCAAGAGUGUUGGCAUUCCAUUCGAACCUGAGAUGCUCUCUUGGGACACUGAAGAAGACCAUGCAUUUGCUCGUGCCGCAUUUGAGAAGUGGAAGGGCUUCCAUGACGAUGCCAUCGCUUCGAAAGAACUCAAGGCCCGUACUCAUAGCAAAUCUUUCAAAUCCGAGGAAGAGUUUGACGCCGAAUGGCGAGAGAAAUUCGGAGAAAAGGGCGCCAAGGUCAUUCGGGAGACGGUCAAUCGCAACAUGGCAGAUUACCAUUACUUGAAGCAGUUUGCACUCAAAGUUUAA